AUGCUUUCCAGUAUACUAAUCCUAACACCCCCGCCUCUACCACCACCCCCACCUCAACCUCAAGAGAGAGAAUACAUUAAGGCCUUCCGAAAGGAAAAUCCUCCAAAGUUUGACAGACUGGGAGAGCCCCCGAAUGCAGAGGCUUGGAUACGUGACCUCGAGCGUAUAUUCGACUUCAUGGGAUGCACCGAUAGGGAACGUCUGGCUUGCAUGACUUAUCAACUGGCUGGGCCUGCCGAUUUUUGGUCGGAAACUAAACGAAAAACUAUGAACCCUGCUCGCCGUGAGGCGCUCACAUGGGAAGAAUUCAAGGAAGAGGUGUACGACAAGUACAUUCCCAUGAGCUAUAGACGGGCAAAGAUAGUGGAGUUCCACACCCUGAAACAAGGAAACAUGACGGUGACGAAGUACGACCGUGCUCUUUGUGAAAUGACCCGAUAUGCGCCCGAGUUAGUGGACACCGAUGAGAAGAUGGCCGCAAAAUUCCGUUCUGGCCUUUGA